AUGCCAAUUUUACCUAAGGAGGAAACGGAGGGUGUCAGUACCCGAAGUCAACGCCAGCAUGAGACGGACCAAAGAAGAUUUGGUGGUGCAACGCCGCAGACGUCGGAGGUCCAGCCGCCGGCUGCAGGCCCGUCAGUAGCUCCUACAUCUGCAGCACCUGACUUAGGUACUCUGAUGGUGAUGCUGCAGGAGCAGGCUCGCCGACAGGACGAACAGGUCCGUCGUUUGGAAGAGCAGCUGCGGGGCGGACAGGAUGAACAGGCUCUCCGACAGGAAGAAUAG